AUGCUUAAUACUGAUGGGGCUAACCCAUCCAAUCUGGACAAGGAAGGGUUAGGAGGUCUCAUUAGAGAUCACAAUAGGGAAUGGGUUGUUGGGUAUAUGGAAUGCACUUCUCUUACGACCCCUCUGCAUGCUGAGUUCAAGGCAUUGCUGAGAGGCCUGAGGAUUGCUAGUACAAUGUUCAUCAAACCUCUCACCAUUUGUACUUACUCAAAGGAGCUUGUCAACACUAUUACUUAUGGUCAUGACCUUUAUGCUAACUUGAUUUCUGAGUGCAGGUCCCUACUACAGGUGCUCGAGACAGCAGGAAUCAACCAUAUCUUCAGGGAGCAAAAUAAAGUCGCGGACAGCUUUGCGAAGGAAGGCAGCAAACUUAGGCAACUUUGCACUCCAAUUGUUUUGUCAUGCCCACCUGCUUCCACAGUACCACUCGUAGAAGCGGAUAAAAAAGGAAAAGUUUUUGCUAGGCUAAUUAAUCCUUCUAUUUUGGACCUACAUAGCCGGGAUGUGGCUUAUGCUAACUCAACUAAUCCCCCACUCGCUAAUACUUCGAGUGGAGCAGUAGCUGCAUCCACUGUUACUCAUGUUUUCCCUUGA